UCAAUUCAUGCAUGUAACGGUAGAGUGCGUUUGAAUUCAUUAUUGUAUCGGCAACACCGCCCUUGUCAUUAUGUUCGUCCAUCUUGGACAAUGAAUAGUGAGUAGAGAGUUCCAAAUGUGUGUUGAAACGGUGAAGUCCGAAUAAAAGCUUAAUAAAGUGAAACGCAGUACUGAAAACACCAUUAGUAUUCCUCGGUGACAAACCCACGAACCGAAUGAGAGCAUGCAAGCGCAGGCUCCCAUUAUAACUGGCGCCCAAGUGUAGGCAUCGAGAAUACGCCAUGUUUUUAGUGCACGUGUAAAGCAAUUCGCCCCAACAAGUAUCGCAUUCAUUGCAUUCUACUGGAUUACCAAGGAGACAAAACACAGCUAGAUCACCGCAAAAUUCGCACCGUACUCCGGAUCUUGCAAUUUUGAAGGUAACCAAAACUUAACCUAAGUCUUCAGGCUUUUGCACGUGUAAAGCAAUUCGCCCCAAUAAGCAUUGCAUUCAUUGCAAUUGAUUGGAUUACCAAGAAGACAAAACACAACUGUAAGUAGCUGUAGCUUUCUUCUACUAAAUACCUAAGUUAAUUCUGGAGCAUUCGACCAAAAUUGACUCUCAAAGAAGCCCAUAUUUGCUACGAUCAUCAAAACUGUCCGGCACUGCACAGGCCAACAACCCCACUAUGAGUGUCACAAUGACAGAUGAGCAAUUCGCAGCCCUUUUAUCACGUUUGUCAGUACAACCAAGCACUUCGCCUGUACCAAUGCAAACUGGAAACUUCUCGAAAUGCAGCACCCGUUUCGAUGGUGCCAAAGAUUCUGAUGUAAAUGCGUUUAUAGACGCCAUUGGAGUGUAUAAAGAUUGCACAAACAUUUCCGACCAAAACGCUCUACGAGGUUUACCGAUGCUCCUAGAUGGAUUUGCAGCGACCUGGUUCCAAGGAGUUAAGUCAAGCCUGACAGACUGGAACAGAGCCCUUAUACUAUUGAGAACUACUUUUGUCCGACAUAUUUAUAUGCAAGGCUCGUGCCGUUUUGGCCCAACUGCCCAAUGAUACGUUGACAGAAGCCACUCAUAUCAAUAUGAUUUAUGGCCUAUUGCAUAGGCGCGUAAGAGGAAAGGUACCUCGUGACAAGGUAUCUUCUUUCGAAGAAUUGCUGACCCAAGCUCGAUUGGCAGAGGAAACUUUUGAAGCACCCGUGUACCGGCAAGAAGACAACCGUUCCCUGGCUACUAAAGAUAAAUUUGUUCGAUGCACUUACUGCAAGAAUCCAGGUCAUGAGAAGGAGAAAUGCCGUAAGCUUAAAAAUUACCAAGAAAGGCGAAACGGAAAUAUUACCACACACACUCAACAGACCCCCAAUCAAGCUACCUUUAGAGCAGGCACUUCAGCGGGUACUCAACCAUCCAGUAACCCCAGCAUAACUUGUUACGGAUGCGGCGCACCAGGCGUAAUCAGGAGUAACUGCCCCAAAUGUUCAAAUAGCAACCGGAAUGGUCCGCCAAGAAGUUCGCUCGCAGCAGCCGAGUUCCUGUGCAGUUCCUUUUUAAAUGACAACUGCGCACGUCCAGUAGUACCCAUUACAAUUCUAGGACAUACUGGAUAUGCUUUUCUAGACACCGGAGCUACUACUAACAUAGCUGGAAGUAGAUUGGCUCAGAUACUCAUCGAAGACGAAGUCCCCUACACAGAGGCAAAGGAUCUAGACAUGGUUCUUGCGGAUGGAGUGAAGAGAAAGGUCCAAGCAUUAAUCUACAAUAUCCCAGUAUCUCUUUACGAUAGGACAACUCAUGUACAAUUGGUAGCUAUACCAGAGCAUGUCAACAGUCGCACCCUUUUGGGAGCGGAAUUUAUUAGCGCAAUGAAACUUGUCCUCGACCUCAACAAUAAUUCUUUCCAAUUUGCAGAUUGCAGUAAUAUUACCUACAGUUGUAUCUCAGAAGAUGACGUCACCACAACUGCUAUCAAUGUGGUUUCACUCUCCAACGCUUUGCGCAAGGAUGAGGCUGUAAAACUGCAACCCGAAGAGAGGCAACAAUUGGACUCGUUACUCACGGACAACGCCACGGUUUUCGAGCCAAGCCUUGAGCCUACCCCGUUUGCAGAACACACGAUCGUCUUACAGGAUGACUCUCCAAUAGCUGUACCGCCGUAUAGAAUGUCAGCUGGAAAGAAGGAGCUACUACGCAAGGAGCUUGAUGUACUCCUCGAAAAUGGAACCAUCGAAGAGUGCGAGUCGCCGUAUGCAGCCCCUGUUGUACUUGUUCCCAAAAAGGAUGGAAAAACCUGUUCCUGGUUCCGUCGUGUCAUCGAGGGUUUCGCCCAAGUUGCCAAGCCCCUCACCUCUUUGACAAAGAAAAAUGCGAAGUGGGAAUCGGAUGAGCCGCAAGCCACAGCUUUCCAGAAGUUGAAGACACUGCUGAGCACGGCCCCAAUAUUACGUCAAGCCGACCCUCGACUCCCAUAUGUUCUUAGGACUGACGCAAGUAGCUACCUCAUGUCAAAUGGUAUCCUUUACAGAUAUAAUCCUGAUACUGACGAAGAAGAACCUCAAUUGGUGAUUGGCACUUCUCAAAUAACAGACAUUCUUCACGAGUAUCACGACUCUCCUACUGCGGGCCACUAUGGGAUAGAACGAACACUUCAGAGAAUUUCCCGAAGGUUCUAUUGGCCCGGAAUGAGGAAGUCUAUCGCAGAAUAUGUUGGUCGAUGCAUCGAAUGCCAACGAUUUAAAGCCACUAAUCUGAAGCCGGCAGGAUUGUUCCAAACUCCGGUGCAGUCUCAACGGUUUGAAGUUAUCGCCAUCGACCUGUUUGGACCGCUCCGAAAAAACUGGACCAAGAUGGACGUCUCUGGCUUGGACGGUCGCUGGGACUGGCAAAACUGUGUCGACUCGUUAUUUUGAAGACUUGUAC